CCAUCCCAUCCAUUAUAGAAGAGGAAGAAGAAGAAGAAUUAGACCUCCUCCUCCUAGCCCGGCCGUAGGUGCGCCCACCCAUGGCGACCGCCGCCAGGGAAACGCGUCUGCCGCCGCCGCCGCUGCCCCUGGCCACGCUCAUCGGCCGCGAGCUCCGCGCCGGCGGCUCCGAGCGCCCGGCCCUGCGCUACGGGCACGCAGGAUUCGCCAAGCGCGGGGAGGACUACUUCCUCGUCAAGCCUGACUGCCUACGCGUCCCCGGGGAUCCCUCAUCGUCCUUCUCCGUCUUCGCCGUCUUCGACGGCCACAACGGCGUCUCCGCCGCGGUCUACAGCAAGGAGCAUCUGCUCGAGCACGUCAUGAGCGCGCUGCCGCCAGACAUCGGCCGCGACGACUGGCUGCAGGCCCUGCCGCGCGCGCUCGUCGCGGGAUUUGUCAAGGCCGACAUCGAUUUCCAGCGCAAGGGCGAGGUGUCGGGAACCACGGCAACGCUGGUCGUCAUCCACGGCUUCACCGUCACGGUGGCGUCCGUGGGGGACUCGCGAUGCAUCCUCGACACGCAGGGCGGCGAAUUGCAGCUGCUCACCGUCGACCACCGCCUCGAAGAGAAUGCAGAGGAGCGGGAGCGUGUCACGGCCAGCGGUGGGGAAGUCGGCCGCCUCAAUCUCUUCGGUGGACAGGAGGUCGGUCCUCUCCGCUGCUGGCCAGGUGGCUUGUGCCUUUCAAGAUCCAUCGGGGACAUGGAUGUUGGGGAGUUCAUUGUGCCGAUUCCACACGUCAAACAAGUCAAGUUAUCGAAUGCUGGAGGAAGGCUAAUAAUAGCAUCGGAUGGCAUAUGGGAUGCGCUAUCCAAUGAAGCAGCUGCAAAGGCAUGCCGAGGAUUGCCUGCAGAACUGGCUGCAAAGCUUGUGGUUAAGCAAGCUCUGAAAACAAGUGGGCUCAAGGAUGAUACCACAUGUGUAGUUGUUGACAUUAUCCCAUCUGAUCAUUUGACUUCACCGCAAUUGUCUCCAAAGAAAAAUCAGAACAAGUUGAAGUCACUUUUCCGUAGAAGGUCGCAUAGUUCAGUUGGAAAACUUGGAGGCAAGUCUGCUUCAUUUGGUUCUGUGGAGGAGUUGUUUGAAGAAGGAUCGGCAAUGUUAGAAGAAAGGUUGGGUAGGAAUUUGUCCUUGAAAGCAGCUUCACCACCUUUCCGUUGUGCAAUCUGCCAAGUGGACCAAGAACCAUUUGAAGGUUUGAUGACAGAUAAUGGUGGCGAUUACUGCUCUUCCCCUUACGCGCCAUGGGGUGGUCCACAUCUUUGUUUGGAAUGUCGGAAAAAGAAAGACGCAAUGGAAGGUAAAAGAUCCAGCCGCUCUACAGCAUGCAGGUGAAACGAAUCAAGACUCUGCUUAAGCCAAGCCAGCUGCUCGGUGCAGAAACAAAGAGAGGAUAAUAAGCUGCUGGAUCCAAGUAUAAUAAUUGUUUGGUGAAACUAACUGUAUUCUCAGCCUGGUACAAAAGAUAUGGGCUGCUAAGUGCUAACCAGUUUGUUGUCUACGUACAACCCCGAGUGAAAAGUUUGAUAUUCUUGAGGAAAUAGUUGAAAUAAUUUGGAGCUUGUAGUUUUGAUGUACCCUGGCCUAUAGUGUGCCUUGUGCAGGGAAAAUUUAACCUGCGGCCUAGUGUUGUCUGUGAAUCGUUCUCUAAAUAGCUUAUAAGUAUCUACUAGGGUGCUCUUUGGAUUAAUUGUUGAAUGUAUUGUUUUGUUUUGUUUUUGUUGCUGGAAUUGAAGUCCGAAAUGUGUAAAAACACCUGCUCGUGCUGAAUUAAUCGGCUUCCAGGCA